AUGUAUCACACUCAGUUUGAACUACUCCGUUAUGAUAUUUCUAGGAAGGGUUUUUUUCGACGCACAAUUCAGAAGAACUUGAACCCGACAUACGCGUGCAAGUACGAGGGCAAGUGCGUCAUUGACAAAGUCACGCGCAACCAGUGCCAAGAAUGUCGCUUCAAGAAAUGCAUCGCUGUCGGCAUGGCAACAGACUUGGUGUUGGAUGACAGCAAGCGUCUGGCCAAGCGGAAGCUGAUCGAGGACAACCGCGAGCGGCGGCGGCGCGAGGAGCUGCAGAAGACGGUGUGGGAGCGACCCGAGCCCACGCAGGAGGAGUGGGAGCUCAUCCGGGGCGUCACCGAGGCCCAUAUGGCCACAAACGCCCAAGGCAACCACUGGAAGCAGAAGCGCAAAUUCCUGAGUGCAGUGGGGGUGAAGGAAGCCAAGCCCGAGGACAUCGGCUCUGCGCCCAUCAUCAACGCACCAGAGGGGAGCAAAGUGGACAUCGAAGCCUUCAGUCAGUUUACAAAAAUUAUCACCCCCGCCAUCACUCGUGUUGUGGAUUUUGCCAAAAAGCUGCCCAUGUUCUGUGAGCUGCCUUGUGAGGACCAGAUCAUUUUGCUGAAGGGCUGCUGUAUGGAGAUCAUGUCUCUGCGAGCGGCGGUGCGAUACGAUCCCGAGAGCGAGACUCUGACGCUGAACGGGGAGAUGGCCGUCACACGGGGCCAGCUCAAGAACGGGGGUCUGGGCGUGGUCUCCGACGCCAUCUUUGAUCUGGGUGUCUCGCUGUCCUCCUUCAACCUGGAUGAUUCGGAGGUGGCGCUGCUGCAAGCCGUGAUCCUGCUUUCCUCCGAUCGUCCAGGUUUGACGAGCGUAGAGCGGAUAGAGCGCUGUCAGGAGGAGUUCCUCUUGGCCUUCGAACAUUACAUCAACUACCGCAAGCACAAGGUGGCUCACUUCUGGCCCAAGCUGCUGAUGAAGGUGACAGACCUGCGCAUGAUCGGUGCCUGCCAUGCCAGCCGCUUCCUGCACAUGAAGGUGGAGUGUCCCACGGAGCUCUUUCCGCCCCUCUUCCUGGAAGUGUUCGAAGACUGACAGCCAACCAGUCAGGCCAAGCUGCUCCCACCAACACGACCUCCACAGAUCCGACCUCCCUCAGACUCCAUCUCCCUGUUCCCGGUCACAAGACUCUGUUCCCGGUCACAUGACUCUUUUCUAGCACUACUGAGCGUCAUUUCAUUCCACAGUUUUAGGAGAAGCUCUCUGGCCUAUUUUGAAUGGAACCAUUCCUUUUACAAAGCGGGUACAUGUGAAUAGCGUUACAGUUUUUUUCUUUCACUCUUUGUAAAAAGAAAAAUCAGCUUUCUGUUACUCUAGUUUUUUUCCCCCCCCCCAAUGUUAAAUAGUUUUAUUUCUGAUCGUAGUCUUUGAUGCCACUUAACGGAGAUGUAUGAACUAUGCAUCCGGGGUUCGUGUCACACGUCAGGCCUCAGAAAGGAGACAAAGAACACCAUACUGCGAAGGAGGACCGCAAUGUUUGGUUUCCUUUCACGUCCCUUAUCUGUUGGUCUAAAGGUCUUUUCAUUCUCACAUUAAGCCAUAGAUUGUUUAUAGUUCUGGUCCAAACCCUAAGUGAGCUGCCUACCUAGACAACAUUUCAAGACAGAAUAGGAACAUCCUUAUAUUGAGACAAACGAGGGCUCUUGAGUAUCGCAAUUGUGUUUUCUAGACAAGAUCACUACAUGGAAAGCAAAUUGUGACUUAACCCAGCAGGUACAGGGCAUCAGUAUAACGUCAGGUUGACGUCACAUUUUGGUUGAGAAUGAAAAUCGUGUUGACGUCAGUAUUUGACACCAAUUUGACGUUGACUUAACGUUGGAUUUUGGUUACACAACCUAAAAACAACAAAUAUCAACGUCAGCUGAUAUCGGUAUUGAACAUCAAAUUAACAUUUACAUUAGACACUGAAUUGACAUUGAAUUUUGGUCACCUGACAUCGCAACCGAAAUUUAACCAAAUAUCAGCGUCUUGCGACGUUGUGUGCCUGCAGGGAAAUGUUCCUGCUGCUCUUGAGAGUGAAAUCAGAGUAAUAUUACAUCUCACUGCUCUUCACAUUCAUUUUAUCGCUCUGUACUCUUGUGCAUUUGUAUCUCGUGUUUUCUCUGACAUUUUAGGAGAAACAUCUGGAAAAAAUUUUUAGAAACCCCUGAGAAUUUCAGAAAGCAACCUCAGAGCAAUAAAAUGGCCAUGUGAACAGUAGGCAUAAAAUUAUACUGCCUUCUAAUGUCAGGAUUUUCAACAUUGUCGGAUCGCUGUUUCUUUCACACUACUGUACACAACUGUUUUUUUUUUAUUUGCUGGGUUCAUACAUUGCACAAUAUUUCAUUAGGAAGAAUCUCAAACAAAGCGUAUCAUUUACUAAAUGCAUGCAUGAGAAGUGAUACAGAGAAUGAUCUCUCAUUGGCUGUAGGUCGUCGCUGAUGUCAUUUCCAGUCAAAACAUGCUGCAAGACGCAGAGGCUGCGUUCCAGUUCAUUUUUUAUGCCCUUCACUCGCUAACUUCCCUCGGAUAUCAUUGAUUUCGUUGCAUGAGUGCCCACUUCUGGCGGGCUGAACUGGAAUGUCCUAAACCCUUGAUCACUUAAAAUCCGCUAUGGAGUCGAAUUAUUGAAAAAUCAGCUUUCAAUAAUUGCUGAAAACGAUGACGCCAUAUUCGUGUUGCAUUAUGGUCUGUGGAGCGGCCUAAAGUGUCAAAGCCACUAGAAGGCAAGCCUGCAACCAUUAGCCGAAAAAGAGUGAUGGCUAAAGCUAACGCUUCUGGUCUGGCAGUACGUGGGAAAUGAGACCAGAGGCCAUUUUUUUUAAUGAAUGAAUGUCACUUAAAGAGUCUUCACUACGAUGAAUAAACAGCUUUUUAGAGGAAACGGCUUAUCAUUUAAUGAAUCGACAGCCUAUCUGCUAAUGUUCAACAUGUUUUAUACUAAACAGUACUUUUUAACAAUUUUUAGACUUUACCAUGAAAAAAUGCUGUUUUAUAAAAGAAGUCACUGACUUUUUGAUUCAUCUUACGGCACUUCCCAUUCAUUCCUUUGGGAUCCGUAAACGGCGACUGAGUGUCGCACAACUCUGACUGAAAUUCAAUGACGUCAAGGCUGUAAUGUGAU